UCCGUCUCCACUUUCCACGCGCGGACGUUCAUACAUCCCUGUAUGAAAGAGACGGAGCUUUGUGCCCGAAACUAAAAAAACAUCCAAACCUGAACCCGAACCUGACCCAUGAAUUAAAACAACGACUUAUACGUGAGAGGCCAGUAGAGGACCGUGUGUCUGGAGAAAGAUGAUGGAGUUCCCGCAACAGCUUCAGCAGCAGAGACCUGCUGGGGAUGGAAAGAUCAUCUACCCGUUGGGAGUCAAAGAGAUUACUGAUAAAAUCAGUAAUGAUGAAGUCGUCAAACGGCUAAAGCUGGUGGUAAAGACGUAUAUGGACAUGGAUCAGGACUCUGAAGAGGAAAAGCAGCAGUAUUUGGCUCUGGCUCUUCACUUGGCCUCAGAGUUCUUCCUGCGAAACCCCAACAAAGACGUACGGUUACUUGUGGCCUGCUGUCUCGCUGACAUUUUCAGGAUCUACGCACCAGAGGCCCCAUACACCUCACAUGACAAGCUCAAGGAAAUUUUCCUCUUCAUUACACGACAAUUAAAGGGAUUGGAGGACACCAAGAGCCCCCAAUUCAACAGAUACUUUUACUUGCUUGAGAACCUGGCAUGGGUGAAGUCCUACAAUAUCUGCUUUGAAUUGGAGGACUGUAACGAGAUCUUCAUCCAGCUCUUUAAAACUCUCUUUUCUGUCAUCAAUAACAGCCAUAAUCAGAAGGUGCAGAUGCACAUGUUGGACCUGAUGAGCUCCAUUAUAAUGGAGGGAGAUGGAGUAACACAAGAGUUAUUGGACACAAUCCUCAUUAAUCUCAUUCCUGCUCACAAGAACCUGAAUAAACAGGCUUAUGACCUGGCCAGGACUCUGUUGAAAAGAACGGUUCAGACCAUCGAAACCUGCAUUGCUUCAUUCUUUAAUCAGGUGCUAGUGAUGGGAAAGUCCUCUGUGAGUGAUCUCUCUGAGCACGUGUUUGACCUUAUACAGGAGCUGUUUGCCAUUGACCCUCUGCUGCUUGUCUCUGUAAUGCCACAGCUUGAGUUCAAACUGAAGAGUAAUGAUGGAGAGGAGAGAUUGGCUGUAGUAAAACUAUUGGCUAAACUCUUUGGGGCAAAAGACUCUGAACUGGCCACACAGAAUCGGCCACUCUGGCAGUGUUUUCUGGGAAGGUUCAAUGACAUUCAUGUUCCUGUGAGACUGGAAUGUGUGAAGUUUGCCAGCCACUGCCUUAUGAACCACCCAGACAUUGCCAAGGAUCUUACAGAAUAUUUGAAGGUGAGGUCACAUGACCCUGAGGAGGCUAUCAGACAUGAUGUCAUUGUCACCAUCAUUAAUGCGGGUAAGAGAGACCUGAACCUGGUGAAUGAUCAACUGCUGGGAUUUGUCAGAGAGAGGAUGCUGGACAAAAGGUGGCGUGUCCGUAAAGAAGCAAUGAUGGGUUUAGCACAACUGUAUAAGAAGUACUGUCUGCACCAUGAGGCUGGGAAAGAAUCUGCUCUGAAAAUCAGCUGGAUUAAAGACAAACUGUUACACAUCUAUUACCAGAACAGCAUAGAUGACAAGUUGCUUGUGGAGAAGAUCUUUGCACAGUACAUGGUUCCUCACAGUCUGGAGACAGAGGAGAAGAUGAAAUGUCUGUACUACCUGUAUGCCUGCCUGGACACCAAUGCAGUCAAAGCACUGAAUGAAAUGUGGAAGUGUCAGAAUAUGCUGAGAGGUCUCGUUCGAGAACUGCUGGACCUACACAAACUGCCCACAUCUGAAGCAAACACCACAGCCAUGUUUGGAAAAUUAAUGACCAUUGCUAAGAAUCUCCCAGACUCAGGAAAAGCUCAGGACUUCAUGAAGAAGUUCAAUCAAGUAUUGGGUGAAGAUGAGAAACUGCGUCUUCAGCUCGACCAGCUCAUCAGCCCCACCUGUUCCUGCAAACACGCUGAACAGUGUGUGAGGGAAAUCACACGGAAGCUGACGUUCCCUAAGCAGCCCACGAACCCAUUCCUGGAGAUGGUGAAAUUCCUGCUGGAGAGAAUUGCUCCUGUUCACAUAGACUCUGAGGCCAUCAGUGCUCUGGUGAAGCUGUUGAAUAAGUCAACGGAGGGUACUGCUGAUGAUGAGGAGGAGGGCGUAACUCCUGAUACUGCCAUCCGUGCCGGGCUUGAGCUGCUCAAGAUUUUGUCGUUUACUCACCCCACUGCUUUUCACUCAACUGAGACAUACGAGUCUCUGCUGCAGUGUCUGAAGAUGGAGGAUGAUAAAGUGGCGGAAGCUGCAAUACAGAUAUUCAGAAACACAGGACAGAAGAUCGAGACAGAACUGCCACAGAUUCGCUCGACUCUUAUUCCCGUCCUGCAUCAGAAGGCAAAAAGAGGCACACCCCACCAGGCCAAACAGGCAGUCCACUGCAUCCAUGCCAUUUUUCACAACAAAGAGGUCCAAUUAGCUCAGAUAUUUGAGCCAUUGUCUCGCAGUCUGAAUGCAGAUGUGCCCGAACAGCUCAUCACACCACUCGUCUCCCUUGGGCAUAUCUCAAUGCUGGCCCCAGAUCAGUUUGCAUCACCCAUGAAGUCCAUCGUAGCCAAUUUUAUUGUGAAGGACCUAAUGAUGAAUGACAGAUCUGUAGGAAACAAGAAUGGGCGGCUAUGGACAACCGAUGAUGAGGUUUCCCCCGAAGUGCUGGCUAAGGUGCAGGCCAUUAAGCUGUUGGUGCGUUGGUUGCUGGGAAUGAAAAAUAAUCAGUCCAAAUCAGCCAACUCUACUCUCAGACUCCUGUCAGCUAUGCUGGUCAGUGAGGGAGACCUCACAGAGCAGAAAAAGAUCAGUAAGUCUGACAUGUCCCGGUUGAGGCUCGCAGCAGGGAGCGCCAUCAUGAAAUUGGCUCAGGAGCCUUGCUACCAUGAGAUCAUCACUCCAGAACAGUUCCAGCUCUGUGCACUCGUCAUUAAUGAUGAGUGCUACCAAGUUCGACAGAUCUUUGCUCAAAAGUUGCAUGUUGCUCUUGUAAAGUUAAUGCUGCCGCUGGAGUACAUGGCCGUGUUUGCUUUGUGUGCUAAAGACCCCGUGAAAGAGCGUCGAGCUCACGCCCGGCAGUGCCUGCUCAAGAACAUCAGUGUCCGCAGAGAGUACAUCAAACAGAAUCCCACGGCCCAUGAGAAGCUGCUGUCUCUCCUUCCAGAAUAUGUGGUGCCAUACAUGAUCCAUCUUCUAGCUCAUGAUCCAGAUUUCACUAAACCACAGGACCUUGAGCAGCUCAGAGACAUCAAAGAGUGCUUAUGGUUCAUGCUGGAGGUUUUGAUGACAAAGAACGAGAAUAACAGUCAUUCAUUCUUGAGGAAGAUGGUGGAGAACAUCAAACAAACAAAAGAUGCUCAAUCCCCCGAUGAUCCUAAGGCAAAUGAGAAACUUUACAUCGUUUGUGAUGUGGCGUUAUUUGUUAUUGCGAACAAGAGCACUUCCUGUCAUCUGGAUUCACCAAAAGAUCCUGUACUGCCUAGCAAGUUCUUCACCCCACCUGACAAGGACUUUAUCAAUGAUAAGGAAUAUCUGUCAGCAGAAGCCAAAACGGUUCUUCAGACAGGAAAAAUCCAACUGCCCCCAAAGCAAACAGUCGUGCUGGGAACACUGAACAAGCCUUUAGUGACAACAGUACGCCGGAUGCCUGCUAAAACCACCCCCUCUGAAAUUGGGACCAUUGCAAGCACCAACUCUCAGCCUGACUCCCCUGGAACAGAUAAAAGCAGGGAUGUGAGUUCUGAGGCCUCAGAAACGGGAGCGAGGGAGAACGAAGAGAAUCCAGAGAAGCGCGCUGUUCCUGCAAGCGAUGGCACGGAAAACAGCAAGUCUGUCAACCCCGCAGGGUCCCAGACUACUCCCAACAAACCUCGUCGGGGUCGGCCCCCUAAAAACGCCACAGGUGUAGCGAUUCCAGAAAAAGAGGCUGGUGCUACGACGGGAAGAGGGGGUGGACGAGGUCGGAAAAGAGCGGCGCCUGCCCAGGAUCCCGCCUCCACGGCCUCAGCUGAUCCAAUCAGCAGCAAGACACCAAAACAGCAGAAAGAAGCAGAGCCGAAAAGGGCGACACCACAGAGACAGAUCGACCUGCAAAGCCGCGCACAGCCGCCAGGUGACGUCCAGGUGACGCCACACGACUGAGUUAGCUUAUGAAAACAUGACGAAACUAAAGUAAAGCGUAGAUUUGUGAAGACGAGGAUGGUCAGGCAGUAAAGGAUCAAAAGACCCAACCGAAGACGCAUCCACUUCACGUCCACAUCAUAUGUUCUUCACAAAUCUGAACUGUCAUUACCCCUUACCUCAUAAAUGAGGAUUGAAUUCUUUAGAUUCAAAACAUGUAUGUAGAAACACAAAACUGUUUCUCUUCAUUCGUUAUAAUUUGUUUGUUGUUUUUUGUUAAAAUUGUUUCUUGUUGCUCUUUGCCUCUCUGUCUGGAGCUAUUUUUAAAAACGAACAUUUUAAAGAAAAAAGUUUAUUCCAAGCUAAGGUUGCUUAUUAAAUGCCUGGAAAGAUUUUC